GUUUUAUUUACAUUUUGUUUAAGUUUUUAUCUUGUUAAAAAAUUGCUGUUUCUCGUCUUUCCUUUUUAUUAGAUUUAAUUAAAUAGUGUUAAAAUGAUGGAUGAGUUCUUCGAGUAUUGGGAAAUAUUGCCACAAGCAUCAAACUAUGAGAGUAUCGGACAGGAAAUCGUCCGAUACAAGCGGAACUUACAAGAUCCAGAUGUAAGCUCAAUGGAUUUAAGUGAUAAAGUGAUAGAAUUCCUUCACGAGAAGCUCUUAGAGUGUCCAUAUCCAACAAAUCAAAUAAUUCUACAUAUAAUUGAUUCCAAAGAUCAUGAAAAGAACCAGCUAAUUGAGGACAUCAUAUUUGGAACAGUAAAUAAGCUAAUAGACAUGUUAAUUGAGAAUCCUUAUCAGUUGGAUAAGAAAUUCAAGCUUUACAAUUUACUCGCAAACAUUUACAUCUCUGAAGAUAAGAUCCAGAAAGUCAAUUCUGAUCUAUUUCCCGUACUUUAUGAUCUAAAAGAGAAUAAACAUUUGCUAGAUCAUGUUCUGUAUUUUGCUCUGUUAUCAAGGAAUUCAUUAACAGUUCUCAAAUUGUACUUGGAAUAUGAGAAAAGCAGAUUAUUGGAAAAAUUCGACGAACGGUCUAUCUUCCUCAAAUGUCAUUAUCAACAAAAACAUUGGAUCGAGUCUGUUUUAAAUAAUCAGCAUGACGAUGUCAUUAAAAACAAAUUCAGUCCAGCAUUUUAUGAGAUUAUCACACUAUGUAAGAUGAUUCUUGAUGAUCAGAAUGUUUUAAAUAAGCAGAUUGUUAAAGAUAUCAAUGUGUCGUCUGUAAUGGGCAACAAUUAUCUCCACUUGUGCUUUUUGGAACUCUCUAGACAAAACACAAUCUUACAGUUUUUAAAUGAACAUUCAGAAAUUAAUGCAGCACUAGAUAAUACCAAAAAUCACAUAAUGACACAACUUUUAAAGCUUGAAACUCCUUUUGUCAUGGAAAAUUAUGAUUUGAUAUUGAAAUUGCUGAACUUUAAUUAUGAGAACAAUUUGAUGCAAUUAGAGAAGUUAAAUCCAACUAAUCAUGCUUAUACUCAUAAAACGGAAAUGCAGCUGUUCAAUGAAUAUAUGCUAAUAAAAUUGUAUCUGCUGAAAAUUCUCAAAAAAGAUUGUAGUCAAGAAACUAGUGAGAUCUGUAUGAAUCACAUAAGAGGCUUGUUAAAAACAAUUAAUGAUGGAAGCAUAUUGUAUCAAAUUCUGCAAACUGUCUUUUAUCUAAUUUUCACACGAUAUGAGCAUAUAAGAAAAACUCGAUUAAAACAAAGAAGCGUGGAUUCCUUUAAUUCGUCUAGUCCAGCAACUGUUUUUAAUUCAACUGAUGUUUCUAAUGUGUUCAUAGAUUCCUUUAAUAAUCAAGGCUUUAUUUGUUCGAAAGAAACUUUAGAAAUUGUUUUAAACUCAAUGCGGUUGUUCUUGAUGAGUCUAGAUAUAACAGAAGCUUAUAAGAACUGUGAUGAAGCUUUAAAGGCAAAGUUUACAAAACUUCUUCGAAACGUGGACAUUGGAUUGUGGAAAUUGUCAGUAAUUGUGAAAAAUGACGAUAAAAAAGAGGUUGAGUUGGAAAAAUCGGAUGAAUGGUUGAUAAUCCAUGAUGAAACAUUAAAAUCAAUCAUAAUUGCAGAAAGUGACGAGGAGAAAAUCGAUUCUAGCAGAAAACCACCUCGAAAGAAAUUAAGGAAGCGAUCCAAAAUGUCAGAUACUUCUGAUAAGUCACAUGAAAAAGAUUCAAGAGAUAAAGAUAUUGAAAGCCUUUAUGCUGCUGAAAAUUCUCAGCAUUCAGCAAUUAACUUGAUAGUUUUGGAAAAUAGAAAAUUUGAAAAUUUUAUUGCUAAAAUGUUGAUGAGUCCUGAAAGCUUAGUUGCAUUGUGUAUAAAGAAUAAUGAUGAUGAGAAUGCUUUCAAGAUUAUUAAGGAUUACAAUCUAAAAGACAGAGCCGUGGAACAAGAGUAUAAAAUGAUGAAAAACUACCAAGAAACUCUUAAAAGUUUCGAAUUGAUUGUGGCUGAGUACAUUAAAGCUUAUGAAUACACUGUCGCUGGUUUUAAUGUCGGUAAAAUUAGGUAUGGUUCCAGCGCCACUUUUGAGCUUUAUAGAUUAACGAGUAUGCUUGAAAGGUUUAGUCUUCCAAAAUACAAUCUUCUAAACCAAAAUGAUGAUAUUCUAGACAAAUUAAUAGUGCAACUGCCAAAUCUUCAGAUUUACAAGCAAGAUCAUUUAAAAGUCGCUGUGAUAAUGGAUUUGAUGAUCUCAAUAUCCAGUGAAUUUGAAAUUACUAAAGCAGCCGCAAAUUGUAUUUCAAGUUACUGCGAAUUGAAGCUUAAUGGACACGUAGAUUAUUAUAUCACAUUCUUAAAAAAAAUCGUCGGUAUGAUCAACACUUGUCAAACUGACGACACUCCAAUUCCUUUAAAAACUUUAAUAAACAACGAAGUCUUUAGUUUUGAUACAUUAGCAUUUAAAAUUCAAAAGGAUAAUCGGGAUCAAUUAAUAAAUUUAAUGAAAAUUAAUAUAGCAACAAUGAAUGAUGAACCAACGCUGCAGAAUAUAGCAUCAAAAAUGAAUAAUUUCAAUUCAGACAUCAACUUCUUCGAUCGAGUGUUAACAAACGUGAAGAAUAUAAGAAAUAUAAUUAAAUACGUCACAAAUGAAUAUUUGAAUAUCAACGAGAUCAUAAAAGACUUGAACAUUUACGAGUUGAUAGGCAAGAUCAUUUUUGAUAACCAGUUACAUGCAGAUUCAUUAGAAACGGAAUCAAAUAGCGUAAAUUUGAAUCUUUUACACGCAAUAGCUAUCGCCGGUGGAACAGAGUUUAUGUCGCCUUUAUGGAUGUCUGCAAGAAGUGACAAUGAAUCUAGUCAAAAUGUUAAAAAGGAAUUGAAAUAUUUUAAUAUUAGCAACACGACAAUUCUAUAUUAUAUAAAGAAAUCUGGGUCAUUUCUAGUCGCUUAUUUGAUUAAGGAAAUCCAAAAGUUCAAUUAUCAAAGUCUAAAAUACGACGAGCCAAAUUUUUUCGAUAGAUUAAAGCAGCUAGAGUCUAUAGAAAUAUUAAAGCAGAUUUAUGGAUAUAAUUCUACAAUUGCUGCAAUAAAUUAUGAUUUUAUAGACAUGAACUUGCUGCUUGAUGAGAUAAAGAAUCUUAAUGAGAAUGGCAAACUGAUGAUGCUUUCGUUUGUGAAUGAACGUAAUGUUCACAGAAACAAAACCAAAUUUAAUGAGCUUAAAGAUGAUUUAAUUGAGACAUUAAUGGACAGAAACUCAGGAAAUGUUGAAGAUUUACUCAAAAAAAUCGGAAAUGUGAAUAAAUUCAAUGAAUUGCUGUUGAAACAUAUUAAAAAGAUUAGUUCUGAUGAAGAAUUAGAAGCUCUAUUGACAUGGAGUUUGUGUGCUAAAAAUCAAAAAAUUAUUCAAGACAUUCAACGAAAGGAACUAGAAGAAUGGCUCAAAAAGAUCAAAAUUUAUCGACAAAUUUUAAAAUUGUUUAGAGAGUCUAAAGCAAACAAUGACAUCACGUGGAUAAACAUUUUAGGAAUGGCUGAAAAUGAUACAUCGGUGCUGAUUAAUUUUCUAAUUAACGAGUUUACAGACCUUGAUCUUUGUAAUGAUUUGUUAAAAUUUCAUCCCUUACAAGAGAGGAACGAGAAAGUUUAUCAAAUAUUUAUAGAAGCACUUAACAAAUGUGGAUUUAAUGAGCAGCACGACACAUUAUUUAAAAUUAUUCAAAACUACUCGGGAAAAUAUUUAGUUGACUUUUACGAGUAUUCGCUUGAUUAUAUCCACAAUAUGAAGUCAAUGGAACAAAUUUUGGAUUAUUUAAUUAAUUCAAACUCUACUAAUCACGUGCUAUAUCAAAAGUUUCAAAUUUCAUGCAUUAUUAUUAAUCAUCUUGAUAUUAAUGAUGUACAGCUUUGGACACUAUCACCAUAUCCACUAAUAAUUAUUGAACAAUUGUUAAUGAACUCAAAAAUUGAUAGCCUUAAUGAGAUUGUGAAGGAACUGAGGAAAUUAUUAAACAAUCAGCCAUCAUGUAAUUUAUGCAAUACGACAAGUAAAGAUUGUCAAAUUGGCGAAACAUUGGUGUACGAUUUCAACGCCUUCCAUAAUGGAUAUAGAAUAUCAAAUGAUUGCCUUGACUUUUUAUUCAAAAUUUAUGCAGCAAAAGCUCUUGAUUUCCAAAUUAUUGAUAUACCAUCACAAAACAAUCCAUCAUUACAUUCAGGAACUCAAACAUCAGAUAUUGUACAAGCUCAUCAAAUGCCAAAAGAUAUACCCUCAAAAGAUAUGUGGGUGAAAGAUAAUGAAGCUGUAUUUUGUAUGUGCUGCAAAAAGUCCAAAUUUAGCUUAUUAAAUAGACGACAUCAUUGUAGAAGGUGCGGAAACGUCAUUUGCGGUGAAUGUUCUCGAAAAAGGGUGUUAUUACCUGACAAGUACAACGAUCUUAUGGUGAGAUGCUGUGAUGAAUGUUAUGCACAGAUGGAGACAAUAAAACGCAAAUUAGAGCAUGGUUCAUCGCAUGACAAAUCUCGAUCAGCUGACAUUCAAAUUGAGUGGAAAUUAACAGGAGAUAAUGAUACAGAUCAGAUGAUACGUGAUGAAUUUACUUUCGAGUAUUCACCGAAUGUUGGACGUUGUAUUGCCAUCAUAUGCCUUCAUACAAUUAAUGAUGAGUUUAUUGACUUCCUUCUGCUCCAUUGCCGGCGUUUAGAGCUUUUAUUGCAUCCAAUUAAAGGUCGGAUAAAUCCCGAGAUCGAUGUCAUUCUAGUCGGAUCAAUGCUCAAGUAUUUAGCAAAAACUGCCAAACUUUUCGGAGAUUCGGGAGAAUCAAAUAUAAUUAUAGAGCAAAUUGACAUCAUCUUGAAAAUAGCUGAGAGUGACUGUGACUCAAUACUAUCAAAAGCAACAUUUAGUGGAGUAAAUAAUAAUUUGUCGACAAGAGACAUUAUUAAUGAGCUAAUAAAAUUGGAAAAUUGGAAAUUAGCACUAGAUUUGUCAGUCAAAUCAGUUCGUACUGCAAUACCGGGAGUUUUCUCAGCAUGGGCUAUAUCAUUAAUCAAAGGAGGUAAUUAUAAGCUAGCAAGAGACAAAAUAGCACUAGCUUUACAACCUGUUACUGGAAAUACUCCAAAAGAUAAUGAAGAGUUUAUGGACGCCCUAAAUGGCAUUAUACCGAUAAACAAUGCUACUUUUGUCUUUAAACGGUUAAUUAAGACUCCAAAAUUGUUGUGCGAAAUUCUUGAAGUAAUUGAUUCAUCAGUUCCAAAGCAUUUUGAUGCUGCAUUAAUGACAAGCUUUCAUUGGAACAGCUCAUCACCUAAAGCUAGUCCAAAAGUUAAUUCAAAUUCUAUGGAUUAUUUAAAGAAGAUGAUGGAUGGCGAUUAUGGAAGUCCGAAGAGAAAAGUAACAGAUAUAUUCGAAUGGGAUCGAACAGAAUUGACAAAGAGUGCCUAUUUUAUUGAAUCAAUGUAUUAUCUCGUUAAUUAUGGCAGUAAUGGAGAUAUACUUGAGUUUUUUAUGAAAAAUAAUCUCAUCAAGUUUGCAAUAAGGUACACAUUAAUUCAAAAGAUUCCAUCUGAGAUGUUUAUCCAAUUCAUAAUCAUUCCUAUCAUAAGAUCUGGUCGCCUUAUAGAUUUUAUAAAUGCAUUGAAGCAAAUAGAUGGAAACUUCAUAAUCAGCAAAAGCUAUAUUGAUGCAUUGUGUAAAUAUUUGGAACGUAAGAAGUCACUUCAAGUCUUAUAUAAAGUUCAAUUAUUAAUUGAUGAUAAUAUAAGGGCGGCAAUAACAUCAUUAAAAAUAUAUCUAAAUGGUGCUGGAAAUUUUAUUGAAUUAGUUGAAAAUACGAGGCAUUUAAUUGACGCUAAGAACCUCCUGCAAAUUGAACUUGAACAUGUCGAAAAUGGAUUAAGCACUAAUAGAAAUGAAAUUCACUUAAAAUGGGAUAUUAAAACUAUUAAUGCUCAGAUUAACAUCAUUAUGCUACAAUUAGAAGUCACCAAAUUUCUCGCAAGCUGUGAAAUUAAUGGCAAUUCAACACUUGAUGUGAUACCUAAAUUAUUUGCCGACAAAAUCAGCUUAAAAACUUUAUUUGGAAAGUCGAAUGAAAAGAGUCAAGUUGCAAUUUUAUUGCUCAUAUGCGGCCGUAUUGAAAGUAGUUUUGGAUUAUGCUACAGAAUUAUACAGGAAUGCUCGUUGAAUGCGUUCAAGAUUUAUUCGACGUGUAUUAAGUAUCUCGCACAUGAUUUAAAGAGACUGAUUGAAGUUGAGAAGCUUAUAAAUUGUAUCAAAACAAAUGAGAAUGCAACUGAUCCUGAAAUUGAUAAAAUGUGUGAUGAGCUGAUAAGCAUGGCAAUAGAAAUAUCAUAUAAUCAGUACGAGGCAGAUGCAAAAGUGCAGAUUGAUUCACUCAUAAAGUUUAUAUCCAGUAAAACAAUGAAAAUUCAAUGUUAUAUAAAUUCAAAUCAACUGAAAACGGCAUUCGUUCAUAGUGCUGCAUUGAAUAAUCUUGAUUAUAUAAAUCGCAUUUACAAGCUGGCUGUGAGCACACGACAAGACAAUGUGAAAAAUCUGUGCGAGAAGAAACUCAAUAAAGGCAUGGACUCGAGUGGAUCUGAAAAUAUGUUUGGAUGAAUCAACAAGUGCUUCAUGUUAUAAAUAGAUACAUACGUUUUUAUUAUUAUUUCCAUUCUUAAAGAGAAAACAAGAUAGCAAUUUGAUAUUAAUAUAUUGUGACACAAAAAAACUAGGAAUCAUCAAUUUAAUGUUGUUUUAAUUAAACCAAAAAAAGCAUAAGAAAUAGGAGAAAUGGAAAAAUUAGCAAUAGAAAUUUUUUUUCUUGUUUUUAUGCAAUUUGUAUCUUUUUUUUUGUAUUUUAUAUUAUAUUUAUGUGUAUGCAUGUAUAUUAAAAUCUAAUGUGUUUUUUUAUGAAUAUAUGAAAAUAUCAAGGGCGGUUCAUGGUAUUAAAAUAGUCAACAUUGAACGUAGUUUGCUGUAUAGUAUCACUAGUGUGUCUAGAACUAGGUUUGUCUAGUAUAGACCCCAAUUGAAAUCCGCAGUUACACUAAUUUUAAACUAUUUUACAGCCAUAAAGUCUCCCUUGUCAAAUUAAAAAAAGAUUUCUUUUGUAUCGUGAUUAUUCACUGGCUGUUGAUUGAGCAUCAUCUUGUUGCUUAAUAGCACCAUUCUUUGAGUAUUGGGGUGGCCAUAAAGGAGGAAUUCCUUCAACUUUUCUGCCUUCUUCUUCAGGUUUUAAUGGAACUGAUCCAAUGUAGAUUGGAAUUGAGAUGGGAAUAGUGGCACGUCGAAAUUUGGCUGUGAUUUGAACAUGAUAUGAUAUCUGGAAGACAUUUGAGAACAUUACGCUGGUGAUUUUGGAAUUUUCAGGUACCAAGACACUCUCUUUAAUCUUUUUCGUGUAUCCUGCCUUAAUGCCUUCAGCAAUCGUCUCGCUUAUCUUAUUUGAAAUCUUUUCUUCCAAUUUCGCCCAUGGUGUUUGUGCUGUAUAAUUCUCAUUAUAUUGUAAUGAUAUCAAGACAUUUUCUAUAUCAGCAGACGUUUGAUUAUCAAUCGAUACAUCAACAUUAAAAACAUACCUGGAGCAAAUCCACAUCUUGGAAUCUGUGCCUUAAUUGUAACAAGACCAAGAGAAGAUCUCGAAAAGAACCAUGCUGACGAGUCAAUUUGCUUUUGAAUUGAAACUUCUCUUCCUUCUCGCAUGCCUGACAUGUAAUUAAGAUCCUCAUAGCGCAAAACUGUGAAUGGUUUGGAGAUUUUUCUAUCAUACAAGUCCCAUGGAAUGUCAAUUGU